UUGAGUAUAAGGAGGACGAGGUUUACCCCAAACCUCCGUCGUACAAUGUUGCCACGUCACUGCCGUCAUACGACGAGGCCGAGAGGAGCAAAGCGGAGGCCAGCGUUCCUCUCGUCACUGACAGGGAUGAGGACUUCAUUGCCAGAGACAGCUUCGAAGAUACGGAUCAACUGCGAGUUGGGAACGAUGGGAUAUUCAUGCUUACGUUUUUCAUGGCGUUCCUCUUUAACUGGAUUGGCUUCUUCCUGUCCUUCUGUCUGACCACGUCUGCGGCGGGACGCUAUGGAGCCAUCUCUGGGUUUGGACUGUCUCUGGUCAAGUGGGUCCUGAUUGUCAGGUUUUCUACCUACUUCCCUGGAUAUUUUGAUGGCCAGUACUGGCUGUGGUGGGUUUUCCUGGUUGUAGGAUUCCUGCUGUUCUUCCGGGGAUUUGUUAACUAUUCCAGAGUGCGCAACAUGGCAGAUCACUCCAUGUCUACUCUUCCUCGAACCCGAGUUCUUUUUAUCUAUUAGGACAUAAACAACAAAAGUGCAAAGAACACGUCUGCUUCAGACGCCCUUGUUGUUUGCAUAAUGCAACUAAUUACAUUGGCAUUUUUACUAAAGCUUUCCAGUUCCUCCAACCAUUAAUCAGUGCUUAAUUCAGUCGUACAGUAUACAUUCAUUAUGCAGUUAAAAACUACUUACAUUUGCAUGUGCUUCAUCAAUAAUCAGCUUCUGUAAAAUUCCCAGUCACCGUUUGUUUCUUUGGGUUUUCUCUUAAUUUGUGGCAAGGUUGUAAAUUUACUUUGAGUAAACCUAGUGAGCUAGAACAAGAGUAUGUAUAUACAGUAUACGAGAAGAGAGAUAUUAAAUGUUAUAAACAUGCACUUUCAAGAUAUAAAAAGAAUAAGAUCCUUGUAAAGCCAAAAUUAUAUGAAGGCAACGUUUAUUCAAGAAUAUGUCUGCUUGUUUUAAGUUACUGUCACAAAAUGGACCAAAAUAGACUUAUUGUAUAAUAGAUUAUCUUAGACUGAUAGCAGUUCAAUAUAUGGUUCCGAAUUAAAGCACAUCUGGUUAUGUAAUGCGCUUAAUCAAUCAGUAUGAGUUACAGAAUAUCUUAUGAUGCCAAAUGUAGCAGUAGAUGGUUCAUUGAUCUUUUCGUUUUUAUUUGUAUUGAAGGCUUCAGUGUGGGAUAGUGUUUCACGAUGUGUUUGUGAUUUGUAUGUUUUACACUUGUCCUGUAACUUUUAAUAAAUGUAACAUCUAUGGCAACACCACA